GGAGUUCGCUGCCGUAGCGGUGGGCUAAAAAACAAGCAAGCGGACAAAAAAAAGCCGAGGUAGCACCUGGCUCCACGCACGCGCGAUGUCGGGGAUGGACGAUCGCGCGAAGCAGUUUAAAAUGGCUGCGGAGUCGCACCUGACCGGUCCUGCGCUCAAAAAAGAAAUCAACACGCUGCGCCGCUUCCUCUUUCGCAAUCAGGAGUACCGCUUCACAAAAGCGGCGCAGCAAGCGCUGUACAUGGCUGUAUUGGCGCACUACGGCAACGACGCGACGCAUCACGCGUCUUGUCUUCCAGCGCCGGCUCCGGCGAGCACGUCGGGUACAAGCACAUCGCCCUCCUCUUCCACCCCGGGUGCAGGCUUUGCAUCGAGCAAAACCGCGGCAACCGGGCAGGCGGACAACGACGAGGAAAACGGACAAGGUGACGACGACGACACGGCGGCGGCGGCAGCAGUUCCUAUUCUGCAUCUCCUCGAUGAAGCCUUGAAGAUGCCCUUCACCGUUUUCACAUCCCCUCAGAAGGACAAGCUCCUCAGUCUCUACUGGGCCGUUCUCGGCACAGCGGGGCCGCCGGGCGGCAACCGAAAUGCCGGCAACGCGGCUGCUGGGGGCGGCGCGGCAGCGGCAGGGGUUUGCAUCGCGCGGCAGCUUUCCCUGAUGGACGUUGUCGAGGCGGGUAAGAGCAAAGCCACCCUGUCCCUCUACACAGAGGACGGGAACGAGUACGCGCACGAGGUGUUCGUCGACGACGCUGCUACAUUGAAGCAGUUGAAGAGGGACUUCGACGAGGGCAAUGCGGUGGUGGUGACGGUCCAAGAAACGAAUACAGGAGCGCGUUUCUUAUCUUUUUCAGUGGAUGCGGAAUAG